AUGCAGACUUCAGCUCACAACAACCGUUGGUUCUCUCUGUGGAAAAUCAGCUCUAAAUUAUCUGUUGAAAAUCUGCAUUUUGUUGGUUUGAGUAAGUCAUUUUACAAAUUGCGAAAUUGGACAAAAUAUUCAAACGUAGUUGAAAUAUGGGUUAUCUAUGUGAUUUCUGUGGGAAACAAAGAGCAUUUGUAUAUUGUAGCUCAGAUGCAGCAAGCUUAUGUUUAUCCUGUGACCGCAAUGUCCAUUCAGCAAAUGCUCUCUCAAGACGUCAUCAACGUGCACUCUUGUGUGAGAGAUGCAACUCUCAACCGGUUUUUAUCCGAUGUUUUGAGGAGAGGAUGUCUCUUUGUCAGAAUUGUGAUUGGGUGGGGCAUCCAAGCUCAAAUGAAAGUCCUGAGCACAAGAGACAAGUGGUUAAUUGUUACUCUGGCUGCCCUUCAGCUGCCGAACUUUCUUCAAUCUGGUCAUUUCUUCUAG